AUGUCUGUCAUUCUGUGCACCGCUGGUUACGACCAUACGAUCAGGUUCUGGGAAGCUCUUUCGGGAAUCUGCUCUCGCACGAUCCAACACCCAGACUCCCAAGUCAACCGUCUGUGCAUCUCCCCCGAUAAACGGUUCCUAGCUGCCGCCGGCCACCACACCGUGAAGCUCUACGACAUCAAAUCCACGAACCCAAACCCCCUGCUUACGUUCGAGGGCCACACUGGCAAUGUCACCGGAGUCGCCUUCCAUUGCGAGGGCAAGUGGAUGGUGACGAGUUCGGAAGACGGCACUGUCAAGAUCUGGGAAACGCGGUCUGGCACCAUUCAGCGAAGCUAUAACCAUGGCUCCUCUGUAAAUGACGUUGUCAUCCAUCCGAACCAGGGCGAGAUCAUUAGCUGUGACCGCGGUGGUAGUGUUCGUGUUUGGGAUCUUGCCGAGAACAAUUGCUCGCACCAACUCAUUCCCGAGGAGGACGUCUCUGUCUCCAGCGUUACGGUAGCGAGCGAUGGAACUUUAUUAUGUGCUGCCAACAACGCCGGCAACGUCUUCGUCUGGCAACUUAUCCAAUCGUACGAACGCACGAAUCUAGUCCCCGUAACACACUUCUCCGCACACAAGGAAUACAUCACGCGCAUCCUGCUCUCCCCCGACGUCAAGAAGCUCGCCACCUGCUCAGCCGACCACACCGCCAAGAUCUGGGAAGUCAACGUCACCGUCGCCUCCUCGUCCUCCGAAGAGUCAUCAUCCACAUCCCUAUCCACCACGGCUGCACCGAUCAACGGCAUAAACGGAAAUGACAAUCUGAAUGGUGGCGGGGGGCUUAACAUAGGCAUGGGCUUAGGCGGUAGUUCCGUGGCGGGGGGCUUGGGGGCCGCGGUGGGGGCAGCCAUUGGAGCUAACGGCGGCGGUAAUGGCAUAAUUGGCGGAGCAAUGGGGAUAGGAGGUGGAGGAGGUGGCAGCGGGGGCGGUGAUCCGAAACCGUACCCCCUCGAGGCCACCCUCACAGGCCACCAGCGCUGGGUCUGGGACUGCGCCUUCAGCGCCGACUCGGCGUACCUCGUCACCGCGUGCUCGGACCACUACGCCCGCCUCUGGGAGCUCCAUAGCCAGCAGGUUAUUCGCCAGUACAACGGACACCACCGCGGCGCCGUCUGCGUGGCGCUGAAUGAUUACUCGGAGGCUAGGUGA